AUGGAAACAAGGAAGUGGCGAUUCCAGGACCUGACAAGACUCAUCAAGAGCCAGAAGGGCUCGAUGGAGGUUGAAUUGCAGGCAGAGCAAGGCUUGGGACGAGAAGCCCAAGAGCAGGCAGACUUGCCGAAGAUCAAGGAUAAGCCCACCGACGAGGACCAGAUGGAGCUGAAGAUGGCUUCCGAAGACAAUCGCAUGUGGCAACCGAUCGACUUCAUGAAGAUGAAUACCCCGUUAUCCCUGAAAGAGUAUUGA